AAUGACGUUGAGGCCGUAGGGGCACUGAGGCUGCCUGUGGUUGCAUAGGGGGAAGAGGGCCGGAAUGGAUGUGUAUGAUCGUAUCACGCGAGACACAACGUGCACCUAAUUUCAUAGUUUAAAACAACAGCAUGAGUAGAGCUUUAGGUGACGGGGUAAGUCCUUGUACGAAGACGGGAAGGAAGUGAGGCCCGUAGGCGCUUCCGAUUGUCAUAGUGAAUUUGUGAGAUGUGUGACUUGGAAGAUGAUGAUGUCCCCCAGCUUUCUUUCCACGCCUUAGCAGCUCUCCAGGAAUUUUAUGCUGAGCAGAAGCAGCACAGUGACCCAGGUGGGGAUGACAAAUACAGCAUUGGGAGGAUAGAAGAGAACUGGCAGUUGAGCCAGUUUUGGUACAGUCAGGAAACUGCUCUGAAGCUUGCUAAGGAAGCGAUUGCAGCUGCUGGGGAAGGUGGAAGGAUAGCCUGUGUGAGCACCCCCAGUGUGUAUCAGAAACUGAGAGAGCUGCACAGAGAAGACCUGGCUGUGUACGUCUUUGAGUAUGACAGAAGAUUUGCCAUUUAUGGAGAGGAGUUUGUCUUCUAUGAUUACAAUAAUCCACUGGACUUCCCUGAAAACAUCGCUGCUCAUAGUUUUGACAUUGUCAUAGUGGAUCCCCCCUAUCUUUCUGAGGAAUGUCUUAGGAAAACCUCAGAAACUGUCAAGUAUCUGACCCGGGACAAGAUUCUGUUGUGUACAGGUGCUGUCAUGGAAGAAGAGGCGAUGAGAGUUCUUGGAGUGAAGAUGUGCAGGUUUACUCCAGAGCACACGCGGAACGUGGCCAAUGAGUUUCGCUGUUACACAAAUUAUGAUUCUGGGCUGGACCAUGAUGUGUAAAUGCAGGAAAUGACUGUGUGUCACAUUCCCCUCCUUAUUUUUUCUCAGUAGGUUGUGAAGCUGUGGCCUACUCCCCUCCCCCACACUGGGCUUUCCCUGGUCUCCCAAAUGAAGACAUAGUGCCCCACCGGGAGUUCCUUACCCAGGGCAUCUUGGAUCUCAGGAUUCUUUCUAACUUGAAUAUGGAAUUGCAGUUGGAAGAAAUCUUUGAACCCAUCUAAGCUAUUCUCCUUAUUUAACAUAGGUAAAAACAGAAGUGCAAACAGCUUAGUGGUUUGGCUAAUACCCAAAUUGGACAGAACUUUGGCCUCUGCCUUGAGCAUUACAUCCCCUUAAAAAAUGGGCUCAUUCUGACUCUGUGUGUGGACUGAUGAUGAUUCUUGCAGCUCUCCAGGAGGAUUGCUGGACUCGUGAGGAGGCCCUCCUCUGCCCCAGCCCCUCAAGGAGACAAGAGUUUCCUUAGGAACGACGAGUGUCCUAGAGCCUCCUGGGUCUUUCCUCUUCUCUCAGUUCUUGGAGGGAGGAUGGGGACAGCCCAGGUGACCGCCAUCUGGCUCAGCCCAUCAUCCUACCUAGGGCCACAGCUAAUACUGCAGGUCACCUGAGAAAAUGCAGGUGCUAUCGGCAUACCAAACACAAGCAAACAGGAUGUGGGCAGAGGGGACUCAAUUAUUGUUCAAAAAGCACAGAAUACUCCUUAGCAAUUCAAAUGGAUGAAUUGUUGAUACCUGCAACUCGGAAGGGUUUCAAGGGUGUUGUGGUGAGUGAAGAAGCCAGCCCCAAAAGUCCCAUUGUAUUUCCAUUCAUGUAGGAAUGCUGUGCAGUGGAGAACAGGUCACUGGUUGGCAGAGGCUAGGAUGCAGUGGGAUGGGAGUGGGUCUCAUGGUGCUGGGCUUGUUCUGAAUCUUGAUUGUGCAGUGGUGAUAAAAGUGUACACAUGUGACCACAUCAUGGAGCUAAACAUACACACAAACUGUGGGCAUGCACAACUGCUAGACUGAGCGAGGUCUCUGGUAGUGCCCUGCCCAUUGCUGGUCGGGAGGCUGCUGUUACAUAAGAUGUCAUUGACAGACUGGGUGAAGGACACACAAGACCUCUACUAUUUUUGCAACUUUCUGUGAAUAUACAGUAAGUUCAAAAUAAAAAUUAAAAAAUAACUUUUCUCUGGGAAAAGGUUAUACUUCCCCAUCUUACAUGACUUGCUUUGGCUAACUAUACAUGAAAGAAGUGACAUGUCACUUCACAAUUAGAACCUUAUUUUCCCUCUUGACACCGUGACCAGCACUAUUACAGAGAAGCAGUGUGGGCUGUUCCGGUUCCCAAGUGGAGCCCAGCUGCAGCUGGCCUGUAGUGAGCAUGGGGGGAGUGAGGAGUAAACCUUGGAGGCUGAAAAUCAGAGACUGGGGUGGCUUUUCCUGCAGCCAAGCACAGUGUACCCUGGAGAGUCGGCUGCAUGAGAGCUGGUGCUCAGAGAAGGGGGGCCUGCCCAAGCUUGCUUCUCAAACUGCAGUUAUCACGUUUUGGGAUAAUUUAAAAUCUACUUAACAGAUCACUCAGUAUUUUUAUGAGACAUUUGUAUUUUUAUCAAUGUACCUGGGACUUGAAGUAUUCAGUACCUGUUCUUUUAAAAAAUAACCCCUACCAUAUUAUUUCCUUAAGCAGUUUGCUAAAAAUUACCAAGGGGGGGGGUAACACAUUCUACAACAAAUGUGUAGAAAUGUAAUGUAUAAUUUAGGAAUUGUAGGUGAGUAACAGCCUAGAAAUAACAAUUUUAAUUUUUAUAAAUCUAGCAUUUAAGAUGAAAGAAACCUUAUUCAUGAGGUGGGGCAAAGCUUAACUCAGAUUAAAAUGUAAUUACAUAUUUUAAUAAGCAGCCAAUGUACUUUUUGCUUUGGAUGCUUCAUGAUUCCAAUUUUAACCCAUGUCCAAGAAAGGGUAAGGGGAUAGCGGGGAAAGAAGGGAAGGGUCAUCAAGGAAUGUGUAUGAAGGACCCAUGGA